UCAGCACUUCAUUGCCCAAACCAUAUAAAUCACCACCUACACAGCUGUUAUUGCAUUUAAAUGAGCUUAAAAGCUGCUUACUGCUAUUUAUGGUAGUCUAGCUAGUUCCGUCCUGUAGCUAUUGAAGUAGAUUAUAGCGUCCGCAAUAAGCAUAGCCUUUCUUUGAAAAUCAUGAAGUGUUUAAUUGUAAUCUUCAUUCUGAGUUACAUCUCUCUUCCUUGCUUGUGCAGAAGUCAAGAAAAAGAAAUUCCAAGCUCUUGUGGAAAUUUUAUCCCAUCUGCUAAAGAUGAUAAAAACAUGUUUGAAGCAAGACCAGACUCCAGACCAUGGCUAGUCUUGGUGUGGGUCUCAUGCAAGAGCUUGUUUUUCGAGAGUGGCAGCUCGGCUCAGCUGUUGGUCAAGACGUGUGAAGGUGCAAUAGUUGGUGACAAAUGGGUGCUGACAGUUGCUAGCUGUUUCGAAGACUGUCAAGGUGGUGUGGAGCUGGCAUCAGCCACUGUUGAUGUAGGACUGCACAGUAGUGAUAUUCGUAAGGAGAUAGCAGCCGGUAGAACAAGUGCAGAAAGAAUUCCAGUGGAUAGAAUCUACUCGAGUGAGAAGAAUUUCAGGUCUGGUAAUAUUGAAGAACUUGUUGGACAGCAGACAGUGCAGAAUACAUCUUUUUCGAGUGACCUCGCUCUUCUGCAGUUGAGCACAAGUGCAGGGGAUCAGAAUCGAGUGAUUUCUCUACCAAACUGUUCCAAAAAACUUCUUCCCACCUCAAUGCCCUCUCAAAAUGGAUCUUCACAGAUGAAAAAGAAAGACAGAUUCUUACCAACGGCGUCUCCAUUGAAUGAUCAGACACGCAGCAGUAGAGAAAGGAAGAGUCAUGAUGCUAGUGAUACUAUUGAGGGUGGUGCGGACAGUAACUGCCUUGUCAGCAGUUGGGGAGGUAUUGCCAGCCCAACUGCUGCUCUCCAGGAGAUGGGUUUGAGGCUGCUCUCACAGGAUGAAUGUGACCAAAUCAGUGGAGACUCCCUGCUUACUCAAGGACUUGUCUGUGCCGGUGUGUCCACUAACAGCUCUGUCUCAUUGGCUGAAUGGGAGAGGGUGGUGUCUGACUUCCGGCCAGACUGUGCAGUGCAGCAGGGCACUCCACUUGUGGUACCGCAGGAGGUCCAAGGAGAUGAGAUGGGGAAGCAGUGCGAGUGGAAGCUUCUGGGGCUCUUAUCUUUUGGAUUGGGCUGUCACCAAUCCAGGAAUGAUACACAGUCUGAAAAAGAAGGCAACAUUUCUACCCCUGGCUUCUUCAGUAGUGUGUGUGGGCAUGUCCCCUGGAUAGAGGCCACCAUAGAACAGCAUGAGGCUCUUGUAUCUGCUGCCUGCCCAGUGCUUCCCCAGCCACCACCCAACGGAUACAUCUGCUCCCGAGAAGGAAGCUCCACCCUUAUAGUGGAGGUGUGCUGUGACCAGGGCUACCUACUGGAGGGGACGGCCAUGUUCAUUUGUAACCCUGUCAGUGGCCAAUGGGAGUCGUCCGUUCCUCCUCAAUGUGUCCCUGUACGAUGUCCACUCCUGGCCACCCCCUUGCACGGCUACACCUAUCCCCCAUCCUGCAACAAUUCAGUGUAUCAGACUAGCUGUUGGAUAUCAUGUGAUGACGGCUACUCCCUCAGCCAUGGGAACGGGCUGAUGACUUGUGUUGAUGAUGGUUUUUGGUCUACUCAACUUCCCAACUGCAUACCCACCGAUUGUGGCCCUCCUCCCUCGGCCGGUAGUUUGCUGGCCAGUUAUUCCUCAACCCUCAUCAACUCUACGGCCAUUUACACCUGCUCACACUGCCACACUAUGUUGGGUGUGGCCAACGAGAACACGGAGGUGGUGUGUGGUAAUGACGGCAAUUGGAGAGGAUUCAAACCAAUGUGUGCACCUGUCCACUGUCCUCCAGUAAUCGCACCUCCUUACGGCUCAGCUCAGAUCCCAUCCCUGCAAUGUGGAGCACACGUCCGCUACUCAUGUGAUCCCAAUUUCAAUCUGAUUGGUCGCUCAGAAGCCGAGUGUUUGGGUGAUGGAACAUGGAGCUCACCAACACCCCAUUGCACAACUGUAUCCUGUCAAGCCCCUAAGAUAGUCGGGAGCAACUUUGCCGAGGACAACAGCAGCUAUCCAUUUGGUAGUGUGAUCCAUGUUGAGUGUGGCCGAUGUAGGGAGAGAAUGGUGGAUGGUGUGAGGACAGACGAGGACACUCUCACCUGCACCACAAAGGGGAGGUGGGACAAGACAAUACCAACCUGUCGAUGGUCCACCUGUCCCUUACCUGGGUUGCUGGACAACGGUGCUAUUGAGCCACUGGGGCAGCUGUAUUUCUGCGGAACCACGGUCAAAUUCUCAUGCAACCAGGGCUAUAUACUGAAUGGAACUGGAACAAACUCUUCCAUGUGUAUAGUGAAUGGAACCUGGACAGAGGAAUUUCCAACAUGUGAAGAACUCCCUGUGGAUUAUUGCCCUCCUCCUCCUUCACCACAAAAUCACACUCAUUUUUGUGGGUCAAAGCGCACAAGGUAUCUCCACUCUACUGUGACGUACUGUUGUGAUGAUGGCUAUGAGUUUAUGAAUGGAGUGGGGGUGGAAACCGUGAGGUGUGAAGAGAGUGGAGGAUGGAAUGGAACUGCACCCACCUGUAAACCUAUUACGUGCCCAACUCCUGUCCUGCCAGUUAGUUUGGUCGUCUCAAGAGUGCAGCUAGGAUAUACACAAGGUCAUGAGCACACGUAUGGUAGCAAAUCAGCCAGUGAAUUUAGAUAUGGGACGAGACUGACUCUGAGAUGUGUGAGUUUGGAGCUCCGUCACUCUGUGGGCGGUCACAAGCACCUGACAUGUGGGAGAGAGGGUCAAUGGGACCACCCAGUGCCAAGCUGUCAAGCCACAGGAUGCUCUAUUGCUUGUGAGGCCCCAGCUCCACCGAGGAAUGGACGAAUAGUCAGCAUUAUCCGACCAGGAGUUGGAACUGUUCCAAAGAGUUUAAAUGGCUAUCGUGGAGUGAUUGUCGGAGAUGUAACAAUAUACAGGUGUAGCCAUGGUUACUAUCUUCACGGUAGCGGGAGCCGGAGGUGUGGCAGCAAUGGAGUGUGGAGUGGACAAACACCUCGUUGCCUAUUAUCUGAUCAACCUCGGAGUCGAUUCAUAUCACGUAACCCUAUGAAUACGACUCUGUGGGAAACUGCUGACUCUGCCUACUUCCUGUCCACCAAUACGAUCUACCUCGCCUGUCAGAUCAGCACUGAGGGGGUGGGAAUAGCGUUACCCAUCAGGAAGAUUGAUGGACCACCAGUGAGCAGGGUGAAUGCUAGGAUGAGGGCCUAUGGUAGCCCAUCACGAAGCACACAGCUGGCAAUUCAGCCUCGCAAUGCAGCUGGUGGACACUCCAUGGCUGGGGUCUACCUCUGUGAGGUGCAGUCUGCCAGUGACAGCUCUCUCAGAAUCAGCAAGACCCUCACUGUGCAUGUACAUGAUGUGCUGUGUCCAACUCCCAGACCACCAGUUCAUGGAAAACUGGUAACCAUGGGAACAGUACUAGGGAGCUGUCUCCAUUAUCAGUGUGACAGAGGCCACACACUAAUUGGCUCUGACGACAGGGUCUGCCUCCCCGAUGGAAUGUGGACCGGAACCACUCCACAAUGCUUGAGUUUAUUCAAUGCUACCUGCUCGUCACCACCUCCUGUUGACCAUGCGUCUUUGACCACACCCAUUUCAUCUGGGUCAUAUCGUAUCAACGACAUAGUCAGUUAUGAAUGUGGCCAGGGCUAUCUGGUCACAGGGGAAAGCAGUCGACGGUGUCUGGGUGGAGAUAGGUGGAGUGGAGAAGGCCCAAGGUGUGAAAGGGGAGGCGAGAAAAAGGGACAUGAAGAAUAAUUAAAAAUGAAGGAUAACACUGAUUUUGUAUGCCAAUACUUGUAGGAUUCACGAUUAUGUAGAUUGAACUGGCUGUAAAAAAAGUGUAAUAAUUAUGUUUGUAAUCUAAUUAUUAUAACCAUAAUAAAAUAAAUAUAC